AUGGCACCGGCCGUUGGAGGUCCAGUCGGCUACACCCCACCGGAGGGCGGUUGGGGAUGGAUGGUGGUGAUCGGGGCCUUCAUCUCAAUUGGUUUCUCUUAUGCGUUUCCCAAGUCCAUCACUGUCUUCUUCAAGGAAAUUGAAGUCAUCUUCAAUGUUAGCAGCAGCCAGGUUUCCUGGAUCUCCUCUAUUAUGUUGGCAGUCACAUACGGCGGAGGUCCCAUCAGCAGCAUUUUGGUGAAUAAAUAUGGAAGUCGACCUGUCAUGAUGCUGGGAGGGUGUCUUUCCGGACUGGGCCUUGUUGCUGCCUCUUUCUGCAACUCUGUCCAAGCUCUGUAUUUUUGCAUUGGUGUAGUGGGAGGACUGGGAUUGUCCUUCAACCUAAACCCCGCCCUCACGAUGAUCGGAAAAUACUUCUACAAGAGGCGACCCAUUGCCAAUGGCAUAGCCAUGGCUGGCAGUCCAGUCUUUCUGUCCACGCUGGCGCCACUCAACACAUGGUUUUACGACCAAUUCGGCUGGAGAGGAAGCUUCCUCAUCCUGGGAGGCCUGCUGCUCAACUGCUGCGUCGCCGGUUCCCUCAUGCGGCCAAUCGGACCGAAGCCAAAACCGGUGGAGAAGACUGUGGGGAAGAGAAACUGUUCGCAGAUCAUGAACAGCUUCCUCGACCUGUCUUUGUUCAAACACCGUGGCUUUUUGCUUUACAUUUCAGGAAAUAUUAUCAUGUUUUUUGGCCUUUUUGCACCACUAGUGUUCCUGAGUAAUUUUGCAAAGAGCAAAGACAUCCCCAAAGAGAAAGCAGCUUUCCUACUAUCCGUUCUGGCCUUUGUCGACAUGGUCGCCCGGCCCGCUAUGGGUAUGGUGGCCAACACUAAAUGGGUCCGGCCCAGGAUUCAAUACUUCUUUGCUGCUUCUGUACUCUACAACGGCGUGUGUCACGUUUUUGCACCUAUGUCAGUUGACUACAAAGGAUUUGUGAUUUACUCCAUGUUCUUUGGUUUUGCUUUCGGCUGGCUGAGCUCCGUUUUGUUUGAAACCCUGAUGGACCUGGUUGGAGCCCAAAGAUUCUCCAGUGCUGUUGGCUUGGUCACCAUUAUUGAAUGUGGCCCCGUGUUGCUGGGGCCACCUUUGCUAGGGAAGUUCAAGGACAUCUACCAUGACUACAAGUACACGUACCAAGGCUGUGGGAUCCUCUUGAUCGUCUCCAGUUUCUUUCUCUUCAUGGGCAUGGGCCUCAACUACCGGUUGCUGAGGAAAGAGAAGAAAGAGGAGGAGCGCAUUGCCAGAGUAGGAGAUCAUAAACCCUACAGGGACAGUGCGGCCAAGGUCGUAGAGGCCAGGAACACAGAUACUGUUUAA